GACGCUGUGCAGUGCGCUUUAGUAUCUUGACGGACGCCUUGUUGUCACUAUCGUUAAAGCACAUAAACAAACAAUUGAGCUCUGGCUACGUUAAUUGUGUUGCCAAAACGAAAUAAUUAUAAAUAAUGGCAAAGGUCUUGAGGUAUUUUGUUCAAGCAGUUGCCGUUGUCGCAAUGAUUGGUUUUGGGGAUGCACAAGAUGAUCGAGGUUUUACUGUAAAUACUCAUGAUCUGACAGUAUUGGUGAAUGCUAAUAAAACUUUUGAGAUUUAUACGAGGCACAAUCUGGAUGACAACAUUAAUGUGAAGUUGAUAAAACAACAUGAGGAUCAUUUGAAUCUGUAUCCCGAUUCAUUUGUCUACCAGGCGGGCAGUUCAUUUAAUCAAACCAUCACUGUAAUUGGUCGUCGGGCGGGUCAUGUCGAGAUCACUGCAAGCAGCGAUCCCAGUGAAAGUUGGAUUACGAAUGAUAUCUUUGUGCGUGUUGUUGUGGCUAAAUCAGAGGCUAUUAUUUACACCUCCAUUGUAGUUGGCUGGAUUUACUUUGUUGCGUGGUCGGUUUCAUUUUAUCCCCAAAUUUGGACAAACUAUCGCAGAAAAUCGGUUGAGGGAUUAAACUUUGAUUUCCUCACCCUCAACAUUGUGGGAUUCACGCUGUACAGCAUGUUUAACAUCGGACUGUACUUCUUCCACGAGUUGCAGGAUGAGUACGCGGAACGAAAUCCUCGCGGCGUAAAUCCUGUCAUGCUGAACGAUGUCGUAUUCUCAUUGCACGCCAUGUUUGCAACAUGUAUUACCAUCGCACAGUGUUUUAUGUAUGAGCACGGAAUGCAACGUGUUUCCAAAAUAGCCUUCGGCUUAUUGGCAAUAUUUGCACUUGUUGUGAUUAUCUCAGCUGGUUUGGCCGGCGGGGCAGUGAUACAUUGGCUGGAUUUCUUAUACUAUUGCAGCUAUGUGAAGCUGACGAUAACAAUUAUUAAAUAUAUACCUCAGGCCUUAAUGAACUUUCGCAGGAAAAGUACUGUGGGGUGGAGUAUUGGUAAUAUAUUAUUGGAUUUCACUGGUGGUACUUUAAGUAUGCUACAAAUGAUAUUGAGCGCUCAUAACUAUGACGAUUGGGCUUCAAUAUUUGGUGAUCCGACAAAAUUUGGACUUGGAUUAUUCUCUGUGCUAUUCGACAUAUUCUUUAUGCUCCAGCAUUAUGUCUUUUAUAGACGCUCGAAUGAAUCUUCUAGUUCAGAUCUAACGACUGAUACAAGGAUCCAAGACGAAACUCAGAGCGCAUCGAUUGAGAAAUUUUAGACUUAUUUAUAUUGCUUUUUAUUUGUAUAACGAUUAGUAUUUAAAGCUUAUUUAUAAUAAAUACGAUUGUACUUUGAAUUUAUUUGAUACCCUACAACAUUGUUUUAAGUGCCGUAGAUAUAUAUGAAUGUAAU